AUGGAGCCCGCAGAGCCCCGGGAGCCCGGCGUGCCCAGGGGCCUGGGCCGGUGCGCGAGCUGCUUCUGGCUCGCGGUGGUCUUUGACGUCUUGGGGCUGAGCGUGCUCCUCCUCGGCGUGUUCGCCAACGUCUUUUUCUACGACCUGCUCAUCUACGCGGGCGCCAUCGUCAUCUUCCUGAGCCUCAUCUGGUGGGUGUUCUGGUACUCCGGGAACAUCGAGGUGCCGCCGGCGGAGCUGGAGGAUGAUGUCGGGCUGCUGAAGAAGAAGGCGGCCGGCUUGUCGGGCUUCGGCGGCGCCGUGCGGCAGCUCUCCCGGCGAGUGUCCGGCGGCAUCCGAAACUCCCUCCGGAGGAGCGGCGCGAGCUCCGACGGCCGCCAGGGUCGCGCGCGGAGGUCAGGGCCCGUGCAGCAGGUGUCCUCGCGGUCGGGGCAGGUGGCGGUUUCCAUGGCAACGAUUUCCCGGCAGGAGAACACCCCGAGGACGUCCGUCUCCCGAGGGGACGCCGCGGAGACUGUGCCCGCGUAG